GUGCGUGAUGUAGCUCCUCCCAACGCAAAUAUACUCAAAGCUUAGCCCGACGAAAACAAGGAAGUAAGACGAGGAACUUUGAGCAAACCUUGUAUUUAUUGUCAUAUAAACGCAGAAUUCGGUCUGUUGAAAUUCUCGUCCCGUAGAAUAUAUUAUCUACAGUGAAGAACAAUGAACAACAAAGGUUCAUAUCCACAAUCUGUUUACCCUCAGCAGAGCACAGCACCCGUUUAUCCGCCUGCUAUGCAAAUCCCUUCUCAGGUGUCUGCAUAUCCAGAUGCCCCUCCUCCAUACUCUGAGGUUUAUCAGCCCAGGUAUAUGGCUCCUCCCCCAGCCCCUGGACAGAUGCCCCAAAUGACCUCAGCUUACCCUGGUACUCAGAUGUACAUGCCCAUGCAUGCUCAGACUGUGCCAAUGGGGGCCAUGGCUCCUAAUGUCCCAAUGGCAUAUUAUCCGAUGGGGCCCAUGUACCCCACUGGUUCCACCCUCAUGGUGGAAGGCGGAUUUGAUGCAGGAGCUCGCUUUGGGCCUGGCACCAGUGCUUCCAUUCCUCCUCCACCUCCUGGACACCUCCCUAACGCGGCUCAGAUGGCAGCCAUGCAAGGUGCAAAUGUGGUGAUGUCACAACGUAAGGGCAACUUUUUCAUGGGCGGCUCCAGCGGCGGUUACACCAUCUGGUAACAGUGAGCACCCCACUGGGCCUGGACCGAAGCCCUCCUUCCUUCUCCCUGGUUCCCUUUACCUGUUCUCCCACCCCUGCCUCCUUUGGGGCUGCUUGGCUAAGCCACAAUACUGAUUUAAUCUAAUGGAAUGUAAUAUUUUAGAGCCCCUUACUCAAGGUACAAUACGCCGCUGUUGAUAUAAUUGUGUAAUAUCGCAAUGACAUAAUGUAUAACACAAUUAUUGCGUAUUCACAAUUAAAAAGCGCAUGAUAAUUGUAAGUUGGAACUUCUAGUGAUCAUAUGUCAUCUACCAUAUUUAUCGGUUGGCUAAUUUAGAGAGUAAACAACUUUGAAGGUGAAGACCAGGUCAUUUUUACCUUUACUGACUCUUACAACUUAAUUUUUACAGUACAUUUUCUAGUUUUUGGUCGUCUUCUUGAGCCAGAGAUCAUGCCAAGAGAACUGCCGAGUCAGUUUGAUCAUCAAGUAGCUAUGCACUUGAAACUUUCUCUUUGAAUAGUAUGCUUAACUACGCCUUUCAUUCAUAUUAUUAAGGUCUUGUCAGAUAUGUAAAAUGCAGAUUUAAGCACUCUUAAAGAGAAAGAUGUGUUUACAACUUCAAACAAUGGCGGCGUAUCGUACCUUUGGGCAAGCUUAUAUAAAUGUUAUCAGGUGCCAAAACUGCACCAUUAUUUAAAAGCAAAGGAAUUUACAUAUGAAUGAACCUAAUUGCAGUAAAAGAGAGAGUGAACAAGAUUAACUAAACUGGUUCAGAAAAGUAGGAUUUAGUUUUUUUCAAUAUUUCCCUUCCAAUGUCGGAUACCCAGAGCUGUACAUUUAGCCAUUUCACUUAGUUUAGCGUGUGUUAUGUGUGUUCCAGCUAUAUGUGCUUCUAAACAAAAUUUUUAGCAUUUUCCACAAAGGUAAAGUUGUUUACAGAGGUCAGGGCUUAAUCAAGAGACAACUUAAAUUCAGUAUUUUAAACGAUUUGGCACAUCAUGCUUUUUUUUUUUUUUUUUUUUGUGGGGAGCUGCUUGUACCAAAGAUUUUCGCUUUUUGUAAGUCUUCUGUCAUAGUACAUCUGCACACAGAUUCAUACUGAAAUAAAUAAACAUAUCAUAUUUAGAUGAUGGUGAUUGCUUUCCGGGCAGAGCAAACCACUGCCGUGACUGCAUUUUCUAGGGGUUGUGUUUUAAAAAUAUAUAAAUGUUUCCUAGUUGCAUCUUGAUGUUUCUGCAUGCACUUUUCAGUAGUUUUGUUCUUAAUAAAGAAUUUUCAUUGUUCAAUUUUUUAGGAGUACUACAGGAUUAAUUUGUGCACUGUCAACCAAUUCUGAAAUGUUUUUGCAGAUUUCUUUUGUACAUAUGCAUUUAAAUACGAAGAGCGUCAGUUAUAAUUGGUUCUGCAUUGAUGAUUUUCAAAGCAGUGCGGUAAUACGUAGCAGCAAAUACAACGGCUGAGAAAUCGUGGUGUUUAUUAGUAAAUGUAAUGCAAGGGAUUAAAGUUUUGCUCUCGUCUCUAAUGUGAUUUUGAAAAAUACCUAUCAAAAAAGGAAGGAGUUACACCAGCAGUUGUCUCCACUGCUUUUUAUGCUUCUAAUUUAUUUAAUUGCGAAAUCUUCAUUUCUACUCCCAACAGUGAUAGAAUGACCUUCAAAAGCAGCCGUUUACUCUGCGACACUACACGCUUAAGCUCUGUAGCAGUUAUCUGUAUUAGAUGUGACCGUAAAUCUAAAAUGCUGCUUAUUUUGCUAGAUAGCACAGAGGUGAAAUGCUUAUAAAUGCUUACUUAGGUUUAUUCUCCGUAUAUUCACUGGUAUCAAAAUUAUUUUUGGUCACUAUACUAUAUAUAUUUUCUGAUUGAAUUUGAAAAUAUAGGAAAUGCUAUGCUAGCCUGGCAAAUGGGGCUAAUUUUUUAGGCUUUACAUGUAUCAGGUGCAUCACUGGGUAUCCGACACUACAGUACCGUUCUAAAGGUUUUGCCCAUUUGAAUAAAAAAAGACCAUUCAGGUAGAUUUUCUCUCUGCAAAUAAAGGAAAUACAUUUUUUGAUGUAAAAAAGAAAAACCAAAAAAAAAAAACA